GGUGGGGGGGGGGCUGCUCGUGCACACCGGGGCUUUAAGUUGUAUGAUGGGGCCCGGCGUGUUGACACGUUUCUACCUGUGGUGCUGGGAGGACUCUGUUUAAAUGACGUCAUCAAAAGUCUUCUCACGUGGACGUAUUAGCACCAGGAUAUAGAACAGGUGUAACAUAUGCGGAAUAAGCAAAGCAAUCAAUACAUAAUAAUGUCUUCAACACAUGCACAGCGGGAUACAGGUGCACGAGCACUUUGAAGAAAGAUAUGCAAAUGUAAACACUGUGUGUGUGUGUGUGUGUGUGUGGCUCCUGGCAACUUUUGAUGAUGUCACUUGAGUCAACUCUCAAAUAUUUAACCCCAAAGUUUGUGAACUACAAACAUUUAAUAAAGACUUCUUAUGAAUAAAAUAAUGAAUACAUGACAAUAACUUUGUAUCCAACACUUUUUGAAUACUUCCUGUAUUGUGUCUGGCCUAUAUACAUGUAUAUAUAUGUGUGUAUAUAUAUACAUAUAUAUAUACAUGUAUAUAUAUAUAUAUAUAUAUUAAGGAGAAUAAAUACAAGGAUUGGGUCUUCAUGUUUGGUUGGCGUUCUUUUGAUGGAAUAAUGUCUGAUUUAAUUCAGCGAACUCUUUACACAUAGAAUGAAUGAGAGGAUUAACGGCCGCAGCGUUACACUGUCGGGAUGUUUUACAUCUGUUGCUGUAUAAUUGAGAACAGUCUCAGUCCCUAAACUCUGAUGAACAUAAACCAUAAGCAGGUUAUGAAGAGGCGUGUCUUGUGGCGCUCUGCAUUAGAAUUGAGUUGAUAGAACUGAACAUGAAUGUCAGUUCUGUCUUCACGCAUCUCGGCUUAAAGAGAACGAGUCCGUGGAGCCGCGUCGUUUCACCCGCCUGUCGUCUUCUCUCAGGGUCUUCACGGCGUCGCGAUGAAGAAGAAGAGUCGGCCGCUCCGCCCCGCGGCGCCGAAGAGGGACUCGUCGCCCAUCAAGCCGUCGGCCAACCGGGAGACGCUGACGUACGCGCAGGCGCAGCGCAUCGUGGAGCUGGAGGUGGACGGCCGCGUGCUCCGCCUCGGCAUCGACGACAGGAUGGAGGUCGUCGGCGACGACGACCCGACGGCGCAGGAGAUCACGGAGUGCAACAGCAACAAGGAGAACAGCGACAAGCCGCAGCAGGUCCUGGUGCGCUCGGCGCGCCUCAAGAACAGCCAGCAGAGGAAGAGCGCGGCGCUGGCGGCCACCGGCCUGCCGGAGCCGCGGGUCCGGACGGUGGAGUACAACCUGCCGGUGGUGCCCCGGAGGCCGGCGGCGUACUACAGGUACACGGCGCGGACGGCGGAGGAGCUGGAGGAGGAGGUGGAGUACGACAUGGACGAGGAGGACUACGCCUGGCUGGAGCUGCUGAACGAGAGGAGGAGGAGCGAGGGCGUCAGCCAGGCCUCCUCCAACCUGUUCGAGUUCCUCGUGGACCGCUUCGAGAAGGAGGCGCACGCCGCGGCGCGCGGCCGGGCCGACCCGCGGCCGCCGGUGGACGAGGACGCCGUGUGCUGCGUCUGCAUGGACGGCGACGGCGCCGACAGCAACGUGAUCCUGUUCUGCGACGCGUGUAACAUCGCGGUGCACCAGGAGUGCUACGGCGUGCCGCACGUCCCCGAGGGCCAGUGGCUGUGCCGCCACUGCCUGCAGCGCCCGGCGCGGCCCGCCGCCUGCGUGUUCUGCCCCAACCGGGGCGGCGCCCUGAAGCGGACCGACGACGAGCGCUGGGGCCACGUGGCGUGCGCCCUGUGGGUGCCCGAGGUGGGCUUCUCCGACGCCGUCUUCGUGGAGCCCAUCGACGGCGUGCGCGACAUCCCGGCGGCGCGCUGGAAGCUAACGUGCUACCUGUGCAAGGAGAAGGGCGUGGGCGCCUGCAUCCAGUGCGACCGCGCCCACUGCUACAGCGCCUUCCACGUCAGCUGCGCCCAGCGCGCCGGCCUCUACAUGAAGAUGGAGCCCGUCAAGGAGACGGCGGCCGGCGACGGCGGCACCUCCUUCUCCGUGAAGAAGACGGCGUACUGCUGCGGCCACACGCCCGAGGGCUGCGACCGCCGGCCGCUCGCCGUCUACGACGAGCCGCGCCUCGAGGACGGGGCGGCGUGCCCCAAGAGGCCCGACAAGAGGGGCAAGGCCCGGGCCAAGGGCUGGGCCAAGAGGAAGAGCCGGCGGGGCGAGCCGGAGCCGGCGCCGCCGCCCGAGGCGCCCGGCGCCGCCGCCGGGCCCAGCAUCACCGCCUCAAGCUUCGACAGCAUCCUGAACCAGGUGGCGGUCCAGAGGAAGCGCGUGUUCGUGGAGCGCGUGCUGAGCUACUGGGUGCAGAAGAGGCAGUCGAGGACCAACGUGCCGCUGAUCCGCCGGCUGCAGGCCAACCCCACGCCGCCCAAAGUCAAGCCGACGGACCGCGUGGAGGCGAACCAGGCGCUGAAGGAGCAGCUGAAGGAGUGGCACCGCCUCCGCCACGACCUGGAGAGAGCCCGGCUGCUGCUGGAGCUCAUCAGGAAGAGAGAGAAGCUCAAGAGGGAGGAGAUGAAGCUGCAGCAGUCGGCUCUGGAGGUCCAGUUGACCCCGGUGAACAUCCUGCUGCAGGCCGUGCUCAGCCAGCUGCAGGAGAAGGACCAGUACGGCAUCUUCGCUCAACCCGUCAGCUCCAAGGAGGUCCCCGACUACCUGGAGCACAUCGAGGAGCCGAUGGACUUCUCCACCAUGCGGCGCCGCGUGGAGCGCCACGCCUACGGCGGCCUGGAUGAGCUGGAGGCCGACUUCGACCUCGUGGUCUUCAACUGCAUGAAGUACAACGCCAAGGACACCUUCUUCUACCGCGCCGCGCAGCGCAUGCAGGACCACGGCGGCGCCAUCCUGCGCCGGGCCCGCCGCGAGGCCGCGAGGAUCGGCUUCGACUUCCCCGGCGGGCUGCACCUGCCCGAGGCCCCGGAGCCGGAGGCCCCGCCCCCUUUCUGCUGGGAGGACGUGGACCGGCUGCUAAGCCCCGCCUACCGCCGGCUGACGCCGCUGGAGGAGCAGCUGCGGGCGCUGCUGGAGGCGCUGGACCUGAGCGGCGCCAUGAAGCCCAGCCCGUCGCGCAGCAAGAGGCUGAAGCUGCUGAAGAAGAGCAUCGCGGAGGUCCGCAGCGAGCUGAGGAACGACUCACGGAGGAGCGGCGCCGAGGAGACGCCGCGACCCGGAGCGGCGCCGCAGGAGGAGGAGGAGGAGGAGGAGGAGCCGAUGUUGGAGCUGCUGACCUCGCUGUCUCGGAUCGACGCCGUGCCGCCGGAGGCCGGCAAGCCCGGCGGCGCGGCGGCCCGCUCGCCCUCGCGGCUCAACGCCGACUCGUCUCCCUCGGCGGCCGCCGCCACGCACAACGGCCGCCGCGCCCCGGAGCCGCCGCCGCUCCCCAACGGCGACGGCCACGCGGCGUGCAACCGGCGGAACGGCGUCCUCUUCCGUAAGUCCAAGAGCGCCAGCCCCCAGAAACCACUCAGGAGCCCCGAGGCGGCGCCGCCGCUCGGCGCCAAGACCUUCCUGUCCGUGGUGAUCCCUCGCCUGGAGACGCUGCUCCUGCCCAAGAAGAGGCGGCGCAGCAGCAGCGCCGACGGCGAGGAGGAGGAGGAGGAGGAGGAGGAGGACGAGGAGUCGCCGAUAAAACGCCUCGGCACGGGAAUAGCGAACGGCUUCGUGGUGGAGGAGGAGGACGCCGCUCCCUCGCCGCGCCUCCUGGAGCCUCGGCGCCGCUGCGCCUCCGAGUCGAGCAUCUCCUCCAGCGGGAGCGUCCUCUGCGGCACCAGCACCGUCAUCGCCUCUAGAAGCGCUAAAGGGCGCUUCACGGCGGCUCGCCGCAGCACCGUGGACGACCACAGCGCCCUGGUGACCUGCGUCGAGAACGGGGAGUUCGCCAAAGCCGCCAAGAUCUCGUCAGAUCGUGGACCCCAGGGUGCGGAGGAGGGGGGGUCGUCUCAGAGGGGCGGAGCUUCCCCAGUCGCCGCCGCUGGCCGUCCUCCGAGCCGGAGAGCGGAUGCAGUUCAGGUCCGCAGAGAAACUCUUCCUCGUCCUCUUCUUCGACAGCAGGCGCAGCUGGCAAUGGCUUCCUAGAUCCAAGAUGGCGCCCUUCGGGGUCAACCGGGCGCUCGACAGGACCAAGCUGACGGAGGCUCGGCCCUCCUGCCUCCGCAAGGCGGUGCGGCUCGCCUACGAGCGCGCCGCCGCCCACCGGGACCGCCUCGCCACCUCGGACUGAACCCCCCCCCCCCCCCACACACACACACCACCUGUGAUCUCCCCUCAGCCUUCUGUUUGAACACAUGCACAUCGUGUUUACCACUUCCUGCAAAACUCCCCCCCCAGAUCCAAAAUACUGUAGCUGGUGACGUCAAAGAGCUAUGCAACCACGACAACCACGACCACCACGACCACCACGACCACCACGACCACGACGACGCAACAAGUUGAGAGAAACUAAAAUAAACUAACGGGCUGUGAGAAGUGAGAAAUCACCUGUUGAAUAUGUCGGAUUUGACCUCUGACCUCCUUUCAAAAUGUGCUGCAAGACUGCUGCAACAAUCUCUCUCUCUCUGUCUGUGUGUGUGUGUGUGUGUGUGUGUGUGUGUGUGUGUGUGUGUGUGUGUGUGUGUGUGUGUGUGUGUGUGUGUGUGUGUGUGUGUGUGU